AUGGGUUGGCUCCGUAGGAUUGCCUAUCUUUUCUGGGGAGUAUUACUAGCAGCAAGAGCGAACUAUCAAAAUAUGAAGAAUAAUGUGCCAAGACUGAAAUUAUCCUAUAAAGAAAUGUUGGAAUCCAACAAUGUUAUCACUUUCAGUGGCCUGACUAACAGCUCCAGUUAUCAUACUUUCCUUUUGGAUGAGGAACGGAGUAGACUGUAUGUUGGAGCAAAGGAUCACAUAUUUUCAUUCAGCCUGGUUAAUAUCAAGGAUUUUCAAAAGAUUGCAUGGCCAGUUUCUCAUACUCGAAGGGACGAGUGCAAGUGGGCUGGAAAAGAUAUUUUGAAAGAAUGUGCUAAUUUCAUCAAGGUGCUUAAGGCUUAUAACCAAACUCACUUGUAUGCCUGUGGAACAGGGGCUUUUCAUCCAAUUUGCACCUACAUUGAAAUUGGACGCCAUCCUGAGGACAACAUUUUUAAGCUGGAGGAUUCACAUUUUGAAAAUGGCCGUGGAAAGAGUCCAUAUGACCCCAAACUGCUGACAGCAUCUCUUUUAAUAGAUGGAGAGUUAUACUCUGGAACUGCAGCUGAUUUUAUGGGACGAGAUUUUGCCAUCUUCCGAACUCUUGGACACCACCAUCCAAUUAGGACAGAGCAGCAUGAUUCCAGGUGGCUAAAUGAUCCCAGAUUCAUUAGUGUCCACCUCAUCCCAGAGAGUGACAAUCCAGAAGAUGACAAAGUCUAUUUUUUCUUCCGUGAAAAUGCAAUAGAUGGAGAGCACUCUGGAAAAGCUACCCAUGCUAGAAUAGGUCAGAUAUGUAAGAAUGACUUUGGUGGACACAGAAGCCUUGUUAAUAAAUGGACAACUUUCCUUAAGGCUCGGCUUAUUUGCUCAGUGCCAGGGCCUAAUGGCAUCGACACUCACUUUGAUGAAUUACAGGAUGUAUUCUUAAUGAAUUCAAAAGAUCCUAAAAACCCAAUCGUCUAUGGAGUAUUCACAACUUCCAGUAACAUCUUCAAGGGGUCAGCUGUGUGUAUGUACAGCAUGACUGAUGUGAGAAGGGUAUUUCUUGGUCCAUAUGCACAUAGGGAUGGUCCGAACUAUCAAUGGGUACCAUAUCAAGGAAGAGUUCCAUAUCCACGACCAGGAACAUGUCCCAGUAAAACGUUUGGAGGAUUUGAUUCCACGAAGGACCUUCCAGAUGAUGUUAUAACAUUUGCAAGAAGUCAUCCAGCAAUGUAUAAUCCAGUAUUUCCUAUUAAUAAUCGCCCAAUCAUGAUCAAAACAGAUGUGAAAUACCAGUUUACACAAAUUGUAGUAGAUCGAGUGGAUGCAGAAGAUGGUCAGUAUGAUGUCAUGUUUAUUGGAACAGAUGUUGGUACCGUUCUCAAAGUAGUUUCUAUUCCUAAGGAAACUUGGCAUGACUUAGAAGAAGUCUUACUGGAAGAAAUGACAGUAUUUCGGGAACCAACCACCAUUACAGCAAUGAAGAUUUCCACAAAGCAGCAACAACUAUAUAUUGGCUCUUCUGCUGGAAUUGCACAGCUACCUCUACAUCGGUGUGAUAUAUAUGGAAAAGCCUGUGCAGAAUGCUGCCUUGCUCGAGACCCAUAUUGUGCUUGGGAUGGCUCUUCAUGCUCUCGCUAUUUUCCUACUGCCAAGAGACGCACAAGAAGACAAGAUAUACGCAAUGGAGACCCACUGACUCACUGUUCAGACCUACAACAUCAUGAUAACUACCAUGGCCACGGUUUUGAAGAAAAAAUCAUCUAUGGAGUAGAAAAUAGUAGCACAUUCUUGGAGUGCAGCCCCAAGUCUCAACGUGCUCUAAUCUAUUGGCAAUUCCAGAGGCAAAAUGAGGAACGGAAAGAAGAGAUCAGAGUGGAUGAUCGUAUCAUCAAAACUGAACAAGGCCUUCUGCUUCGUAGUCUACAGCGGAAAGAUACAGGCGUUUAUCUCUGUCAUGCAGUAGAACAUGGCUUCAUGCAAACUCUUCUUAAGGUGACCUUAGAAGUCAUUGACACGGAUCAUUUAGAAGAGCUUCUUCAUAAAGAUGAUGAUGGCGAUAGUGCCAAGACCAAGGAUAUUUCCAAUAGCAUGACUCCCAACCAGAAGGUCUGGUAUAGAGACUUCAUGCAACUCAUCAACCAUCCCAACCUCAAUACAAUGGAUGAGUUCUGUGAACAAGUUUGGAAAAGGGACCGAAAACAACGUAGACAGAGGCCGGGCAAUUCUCAAGUGAAUAGUAAUAAAUGGAAGCACCUACAGGAAAAUAAAAAGGGUAGAAAUAGGAGGACCCACGAAUUUGAGAGGGCACCCAGGAGUGUUUGA